CCACCUUGAAGUCCCGAAUCUCGUUUUAGAUUUGAUUAAGAAAGAGGCCUAUUCAUAAUGUCGUUCUUAUUGCAACUUCAUGCAGUCAAUCAUUCAGUACCAGAGGACAGGAAAUAUUUAUUAAUUUAAUCAAUGUGAUUGAAUAUAUUAGAAUGGAUGAAAAUAGGUAUAAAGAGGAACAGACAGGAGAAAUUGAAGCAUUGAAUUCGAUAUAUGCCGAAGAAAUAGAAAUUUUAGGUGAUGAACCCCAUUGUUUCAUUAUUCCUGUAAAGUGCACUGAAGAAAUUGAUCAAAAUGAAGAAUUGUCAGUUGAGGCAUGUGUACAGUUUACAUUCACUGAAUGCUAUCCAGAUGAAAUUCCAUCAAUGGAGGUAUCAAGAAGCAGUAAUAUGACAGAAAAGGAUGAACAAGAGCUUAUAACAGUUUUAGAAGAAGAGGCAAAAAAUAACACUGGCAUGGCAAUGACAUUCACUUUAGUUUCAAUAAUAGAAGAACAUUUGACAAAAAUAAUCGAAAGAAUAAAACUGGAAAAAGAGGAAGUCAAAAGAAAGAUCGAGCUUGAAAUACAGAAGGAGGAGGAAAAGAAAUACCAUGGUACCCAAGUGACUGUAGAAUCUUUUACAAAGUGGAGAAUACAAUUUGAAAGCGAACUGAAUGAAAAGCUGGGGAAGAAAAAAGAAGAGACAGAACCCAAAAAACUCACAGGUCGGCAGCUAUUUCAGACUGAUUCAAGUUUACAAUUUUCUGAUAUACAGUUCUACAAUGAAGGAGCUGGUGGAGUUCAAGUAGAUGAAUCAUUGUUUCAAGAAUUAGAUGAUCUUGAAUUAGAUGAAGAUGAUUAAGUUAUAAUGUUGCAGCAAAAUGAUUUUAGAAUUUAUUUUUAUAUGUAAAUAAUGUCUCAGUUAA